AUGAACUCUUCUGGCAGCAACAACGGCGGCGGAAGUGGAAAUGGCGGUGGCAGUGGUGGGCGAGGCAGCUUUAAAACUGAGCGAAAAACUUCCAAAGACGACCAACAACUGUUCAGUCGAAGUCAAAUCGUGCCCAAAGACAAGGUGGCCAGUGCAAAGAAGGAGACGGCUCUGGAAAUAUCAGACAUUAUCGAUGAUGACGAUCUGGAGGACGAGAGCAGUCACUACUCCAGCAAGAGCAUUCGCUCUUCAGUGAGCAGCACCCUCUCCAGCCAGAAACUGCUAAGCACUACCUCAAAGCCGAUCGAUAUGGACACUGCUAAAAAGCUUAAAACACUGCUCAUUGGCGAUGCCAGCAAAGCAAUUGGCCCCGAGUGGUGCCUUCAGUACUUUGACUUUGAAACACGCGUUCCUGACCUCUGGUACGGCCUGGUGCAGCAUCAAGGGGGACCGUGCGGCUUGAUGGCCACCGUUCAGGGCUACCUAUGCGCCGAGUUUUUUCAUUUGAAUAAUGAAAACUUAGCCGAGAAAGAAUCUGAUUUGGACGCCUAUCGAUACGCUUGUCUGGCUCGUGCAAUUGCCAAUUUGCUGUGGCAAAUUGGCGGGCACAAACAGAAAGUGAUUGUUGCCUUUGAAUCCAAUCGAGUUUUUCCCAGUCGAAUGGAACUUUCUGAGGCGGUUGGUUUCGCCCCUGACGGCAUUACUGAGCACAUUCGAAUAAGCGUUGAGUUAUCGAGCCUAGCUGAAGUGACACAGUUUCUCAGUGAACUCUUCUCUCAUGAUCGUCACUGUUUAGGAGCAAUAUCGCUCGCAUUCUCAAGCAUUCUUACGAGAGGGGUCAAUCAAAUACAGCAAGACUAUGAUUCGGGCUCUAUUGAGACGCUUCUCACACCAGAACGUCUGCUCUGUACUCAAGAACUGGUCAAUUUGACGCUAAUAGGCCGCGCAGUGUCCAAUGUUUUUGAUCGCAACUUUGCUAUUUCCAGUGAGAUGAUACUGCAAGGCAUCAACCGACAAUCACUCAUAGGCUUUCUGACAAUUCACGAACAUGAAGGAGCUUUCAAGGUGGGAAAUUGCUACAAAAACUCAAAACUGCCAAUAUAUUUAGUGCUCAAUGAGUACCACUUUACUUUGCUGUUUAGCAAGCAAAAGUUUGGCGAAGAUGAUUUAAACUCGGAUGCCUUGAAGAGCAAUAAAACAAGCGAAACUAACAAGUUUGACCUUUUCUACUAUGAUGGACUGCUAGGACAAGAUCAUGAAAUUCGUUUGACAAUUGACGCUAACCCGAAAGACGAUAGUGCUGUUUCAGUUUUAAGCGAAACCAAUGAAGUAAUUUGCCCCAUUGAGUGUAUUAUUCGCACUAAAUGGCCUGCUGCGACAGUUGAUUGGAAUGGUUCGAGUAAAAUAUUUUAA